AAACCCGAAUCCUCAGGAGAAUCCUCUUUCAGCCCACAAUCUGAGACUCAUCCUCGUCAGUAGCUCCCAAGCUCGCGAUCAGCGAUUCACAACGUGCGCGCGCUUAGCCAAUUCCAGAAGCAUACACACAGCGGCAAUUGUGGUGCCGAGCAGUAGCGCCGGUGGCGGCGAGCGUUAUAGUCUUGUUGCGCGUUCACCAAGUAGGAAAGAGACGGUGCGAGAGCAUAGCCGGUAACCCACGCAACAGGUGUGCGAGUGUGUUGAUACACGCUCGCGCUCGCGACGGGACGCCAGAGAGUAUAGCGCUGCGGAGGAGAGAGAGAAAAAGCCAGUUAACGCAAAGAUGUCGAGGCGCACGGUGUUGUUGGACAUGAGGCCGAGCGUUUGGUUGCUGCUGUUCGCCACGUUGGCAACCCUUGCAAGAGGCUUUCCCGCUCCCCAGGAGGACGAGGACUCGUCCGGUCCGCUGCCAUUCCUCCAGUUCACCAAGGGUGGAAUCAGAGUGAACUUCGGUGGUUAUCAUGCACAAGCUGGUCUGGGAGGUCUCCUCACAGGCAGGAGAGCGGAUGGUGGUCUGCACGCAAGCGCCGGUACACCCAAUGGCGCACACGCGAGCGCUGGUCUCGGCGGAAGUCUGAGCGAUGGACCUCUCGGCGGCCUUCACGCGCGAGCGGGACUGGGCAACGGCGGCCCGGAAGCCGAGGCAGGACUCGGCGGCACUUUGGCCGGGCCACGACCCCGCGGAGAAAUCUACGCCAACUCGUCCCCUGGUGCGGGAUUCGUCGCGAGCGAUAAGACCAACUACAUCGAGAAGACCGACGGUGUCGGCAAGAACAUCCAGGUGAUCGUCAGACCCAAGAAGGCCAGCGAACAGGAGGCCUCCGCGACUGCCGAUGCCACUGCUAAUGUCAACAGUGGCAUACCGGUCACUAGUUUAAAGGAACCAUCUUCUUCUUCUUCUACUUCUGCUUCUUCUUCUGGUGCAACCGCAAAUGCAGGAGCCUCUGCUACCGAUGGGUCCGGCAACGCGGCCGAGGACAAAAGGAGCCAGCUCCCGGCGCGCUUCUACUUUCAGAAGCGAGCGCGCGAGCGCGCCGGUGGCUAUAGUUCCCCAGCUUUAAGAGAGCCCAGCUCGACCACGACUCACAAUGCCAUUGCAGCGUCAGCUUCAGCUGGAGCGUCGUCUGAGAAAGAUACAACGUCGCCAGGAGAAAAGGGAUCGCAAGGAGCAACAGCGUCUCAACCACAGUCCCCAGGUGUAUUUGUACGAGCCACUGCCGCAGCAGAUGAUUCCCAGUCCGGAACUACAGCAACCGGUGGCGUAGGCGUAUUCAAGCGCAAAAGCAAGGGAUCGCUUUUCGAUGACAUUUUUAACAUCCCAAUCUCGGCAUUGAAUGCAGUUAAUCAGUUACUGAGGAAUCACGUCGGCAAGAAAUAAAGUAGUUAUCUGCGAUACCUUUUUUAUACGAACAAAGAAAUCAUUGUAUUUAUAAUUAUAAGUUACUCAUUGUAGAACUCUUAGUUAAGACAAAGGUUAGAUUUUUUUAAAUAGUCGCACAUAUUCUUUUGUGUUUCACAAAAAUUCAACAUUAAUACUCUUUUAUUCUCCUUUUGGCAUUCUUCAGGAGUGAUCGUAUAUUUUUUUUUGUACAUAGCACGUAAAUCGCGUGCUCAAAUGCAAAUUUGUAUAAAUUUAUGUAUGCCUGGUUGUACUCGUGAAGCUUCAUACAUUUACGCGACCUUCGCCUUUGCAACCAUCGCUUUUGUAUUUUGCGAGGUGGUUUUUAUUUAUUAAUACGGCGUGAAUUUAGAUAUUUAGUUUCGAAAAUUCUAUACCAAUGCUAUUAUUUUUGUACUUAAAUAAGUUAAUGCGAAUUAUUUUUUGUUAAUAUGUUGUCGAAAAUAAAAAUAUUUAAAAAAAUGAA